GUGGUUUUUCUUUCUCCUUUUUCUCCUUUUUCUCCUUUCUUUCUUUCUUUCUUUGUUUGCUUUACCAUCAAAUCUACCAGAAAAGGAGUCAUCAGAUCGAUUGAUUUUGUUUUUUUGAUCAUCAAUUCUGCUUUACAAACCAUAACCGACACCUAAACUUCAAUCCAUUCUCAUCCCAGUAGAUUCACUUAUUGAUUUGCUCUUAUCCAUAAAUCCAUCUAGUUCACUUACUUAUUUGAGAGACUCAACGUUUUGUUUUGUUUUUGGUUCUUCAACAAGAUCUACUUCUUAGGACAUAGAUCAUAGAAGAUUAUCUACUGUUUUCGCAAACCUAUCUUAUCAUGAGUACAGCUACCGAAAACCAUACUGUGAACGCGAACGGAAACGGGAACGGUCAUCAUGGCUCAACCGAGUCAGAAGACUCACUCUGUUCUCCUACCUUUGUCAAAAGAGUGACAUCCAUUCCAGUCGUGGCUGAUGCUCUAGAGGCCGUUCAAUCGACCAUGAAAGGUAAUGCGUACUCUGCAGCCGUGUAUGAAAAAGCAGAAGGAGCUGCGAUUUAUUUGUAUGAACAGAGCAAACCGUUACAAGAAAAGUUGGCAGGACCGAUUGGUCAAGUGGAUGCAGUGGCCAAUAAAGGAUUAGAUUUUGUCCAAGCCAAAGCUCCAUAUGUUUUUGAAGCUAAAACCGAAGAUAUCUUAUCUAAAGCAAGACAACCAGCCGAUCAAGCUUAUGCAUAUGGAAAAACUUAUAAAGAUGCAGCUUCGGCUAGAUUAGGACCGAUUACGGAACAAUUCCAAAUCCAAUUAACUAAAUCACAACAAACCUUGAAUGGAUUACAAGAGAAACUUCAAUCGGCUGUUUCAAACUUACCACUUGAUUCGAAAUCGGUUCAAGAUCAAUUGAAGAGUUUAUCGGAACAAGUGAUUGCUGAGAUUGAAAAAGUUUCUAACUUUGUGGUUGAGAAACGAAAAGAAUUGCCACAACAAGCACAACAAGCCGUAGGACCAUUAAUUGAAAAAUUACACCAAUCUUUUAAUGAUAUUAAAUCUGAAUUAAUUAAGGCGGAUUUACCGAUUUCUCAAAGAGCUUCGAAUGUAUUAAAAUAUUCAAGUGAACAAGCUUCUCCAAUUGUACAUGAAGCUAUUGAAGUGAUUCGAAAAGUAAUGGGUAAAGUUGAAAACAAAAAGGAAAAUGAUGAGAAUCGUCCUGAUCAACUUGUUAAUGGGACUUCUUAAAACUUGUGUGUGAUUUGGUUGAAAAAGCUUUUGAUUACAUUUGUCUCUUUUGUUAGUUUUUUUUUCUUUGAUGGUUAGUGUUUGAAUGUUUGUAUAUGUGUGACUGUGUGCGUGUAUGUGUUUGUCUUUAUCGUCUUUUUUCUUCAUUUACAUUUCAUCUUUUGAGUUGUUUUUCUUCUUCUUUAGAAUUUGAAUGUAUGCACAAAUCUUAGAAUCGAUUGGUUUUUUUUCUUUUUUCUUUUGCUCAUGUUUUAAUUAUAUAUUAUUGAGUUUGAACAAACAUCACGUGAAGUAUAUUUGAUUAGU